AGAGCAAACACGGCCGUGAUCUGCCCGUCGUCCUCCUCUUCCUCCUCUUCCUCCUCCUCACCUGGCCGCGCGUCCUCUGGACAGCAGGACGCAGCCGCCUCGCACUUUACGGAUUUUUUCCUCCUGCUUUCUGAAGAAUGGAGAGUUGACGGCUCGAGACGAAGUGUGGUUUUAGAGGAUAGACUCCCCCUACAGAGGCAGGGCUCCUUAGAAUCAACUCGGACCUCCGCAGAUCGGAGAUGUCUGCGUACGGACAGACUCAGUACAGCCCGGCCCUCCAGGCUGCAGGGCCCUACGCCCCCUACCCCCACCACACGCAGGCCUACAGCGGGCCCUCCUACAGCAUUAAGACAGAAGACGGCCUGAGUCAUUCUCCGGGGCAGACGGGGAUUCUGGGAUACUCGAACUUCAGCAGCACUCCUCCGGGUCAGAGUCUCUACAGCUACUCGCACGGUGGGGGUAUUCCAUCUGGAAUUUUCCAAGGGCCCCAUUCAAUCUCAAGUUCGACCCCGUUCAACUCUACGCAGCAAGAGUUUUCAGCCUACUCGAGCUACAGUCAGAGUCAGUACUCUCCGUAUUAUAAUUCCCACCACUACAACAGCCCCUACCUGACCAGCAGCAACAUCAGCCCUGCUGCCAUCCCCGCUCCGAUAGCCUAUCAGCAUCCAGAACACCCCGCCAUGCUGCCCAAUCACAGCCCAGAGUCACACACAGGAGAGUACCAGGCGCCGCCCAGCCCCCCCACUCCAGGUAAAGAGGAGGCACGAAGAGGCUCGGAUGGGAAGUUGCGAGGGAGGAAAAGAGCCAGCGACCCUGCUCCCCCUCUGGAUUCUGACAUCGAGCGCGUGUUUAUCUGGGACCUGGAUGAAACCAUCAUCAUUUUCCACUCGCUCCUCACGGGAACCUUCUCCUCUCGAUUUGGCAAGGACUCAUCUAAGGCCGUGUCUCUUGGCUUGUGGAUGGAGGAGAUGAUCUUCAACCUGGCCGACUCGAGGCUCUUCUUCAAUGACUUGGAGGAAUGUGACCAGGUUCAUAUUGAUGACGUGGCAUCGGACGACAACGGGCAGGACCUGAGCACUUACAACUUUGGGUCGGACGGCUUUCAGAGCCCAGCGGGGGCCGGCUCCCUGUGCCUCGGGUCCGGAGUCCACGGAGGGGUGGACUGGAUGAGGAAACUGGCUUUCCGGUACCGGCGAGUCAAGGAGAUCUACAACACAUACAAGAACAACGUUGGAGGUUUGCUGGGAAGCCCCAAGCGAGAAGAAUGGCUGCAGCUGAGGAGGGAGAUGGAGGUGCUGACUGACCUGUGGCUGACCCAAGCGCUCAAAGCCCUGGCGCUCAUCAACUCCAGGCCUAACUGUGUGAAUGUGUUGGUAACCACCACCCAGCUCAUCCCUGCCCUCUCCAAGGUGCUACUGUACGGCCUGGGCUCGGCUUUCCCCAUCGAGAACAUAUACAGCGCCACCAAGACGGGCAAGGAGAGCUGCUUUGAGCGGGUCUCCCAGAGGUUUGGUCGGAGAGCAGUGUACGUGGUGAUAGGAGACGGAGCCGAAGAAGAGUCCGUGGCCAAGAAGAAGAACAUGCCGUUCUGGAGGGUGUCCUGUCGAGCGGAUCUCGAAGCUCUGAGCCAUGCACUGGAGCUGGACUACCUCUAGAGGGCGCUGCUCUCCUGCCUGUCAGAAGCUUCUGAGCUCCUCAGCUGCUCCUGGAAACGGACACAGUCUCACUUCCGAUCGGGCAGAAGGCCCUCGGGACGAGCUCCAAGGCGGACAUUUCCCCGCCAAAGCCGAAGGAACCGGGUUCGGACAUCUGAGAGACAGGAAUCCAAAAGUGCUGGACGAAAACCAAGAGACCAAAGACAGGGGACCGAAGCGUCAAAACUAAGCCGCGGAACUACGGAUGAUACUGCAAAUGUUUUUUUUACAGCCUUUUCCUUUUUUUUAAAUUCUGUUCAUCUCCACCUCAUGAAAGGUGUCCCACUACAAAAAGUGAUGCACUGAAUGCAGAAUCCUUUUCAUGUUGAUUCAGUUUGAUGUUCCAAUACUUUUCCAAUACUUUGUUCUAUUGUGGUUUUUUUAUAAACCCAUUUUCAACUCACCAAUACUGUUUUAAAGUCAACAUAAAGUGACAGUACCACAAUUGUUUAAUUCAUGUUGGCCAUAAAAAUGUCAGAUAACAUUCUUUUCAUGUAGAGGCUAUUUAAAAUAGUCUGAUUGUAUUUUACCAUUAUAAUGUGAGCUAUUUAUUAUUGGUUAAAUUCAACACAAUGAGGUAUAAACCGUUUGGGAUAAAAAAUAUCCCCUUCAAAGACCAAAACUAUGCUCUUGUAAAAAGGUUUGAUGAUAAUUGUCUGGAAGAUGUUUGAUUCUGGGUGGUACAUGUUGUUCUAACGCCUCUUCUUUUCUCUGUUUGUAAUAUAGAUGAACUGGUUGUGCUGCAUGUGCCGAUUAUACUGCCUGUCAGCUUAGCUGUGAUUUGUAUAUAAUGCUUUAUUGCUGAUUUGUAUUGACAGACAGUUCAAAUAGAUUAAUACAAAAUAAAUUAAUUGAUAUCUUGGG